AAAGUAAACACAAAACUUAACUCUUUGAUUCUACUUUUAGAUUCUUAUUAUUAUCAUCCAUACAUAAUAUAAUAGAUCUACUAUUUAAUAGAGUCCAUAUCUGUAACCUUUGUAGAGUUAGGGUCUAGAUCUAGAUCUAGAUGUAGAAACAGAUCCUAAUCCAGCAUCAGAUUUAAUAAAUGUUUCUAGAUUAUGCUAGGCCUAGGCUAGAUCUAGCUUACUACUCUACUCAGUAAACUCUACUGUUACUAGAUCUAGUGAGUGUUACUGUACUGAUGAGACUUCACUUGAGUCGACUUGACGUCUUGAGACAUUUGAGACUGCUUAGUUAUACUCAAUACUGUUAAAGUGUUAUAGUAAUUAGAUAGAUCUAGUUACUAGGCUAAGAUAUGUGACAGUCACAAUGACUUUAAAAGUUAACAUUCCAAGCUUCAGAAAAGUAAAAGAAGGGGAUGAAGUGUUUACAGCAUUUACAGUGGAUGUUUGGAUUGCUGGACGACAUCAUGUGAUAGAGAAGAGAUACUCAGAAUUUGAAGAUCUUCACAAGCAGCUCAAAAAAGUUAUCAAGACUCCAGAGUUUCCACCAAAAAAGGUGUUGAAAUGGAAUAGCAAAGUACUGGAGCAAAGGAGAAUAGGUUUAGACACAUAUUUUCAAGGCAUAUUAGAAAAUGAUCCCAUUCCCAAUGCUCUGUUAGUGUUUUUAGAAACAUCUAUUUUGGAUCAAUGUUUUGAUUUUAUAAAAGGAGAAGAUGAACCCCAAUUAUCUCAUCAAGUAAUUAUCACACUAGAGGCAGACAGUUUCUUAAAAGAAAAGAAAAAAGAUUCAUUACCUGACAUUAUCAAGCAAGGUGUUACUUUGGGAUUGUAUUCACCACCACUCAACUAUCCCAGAUGAUUGUGGUGUAAUUCUCUUGUGCAAGUUCAACAUUGUUCUUUUUAUGAAUUCUUUAACAGCAAUUACUUUUUUUAUCCUUUAUUUCACAUCCUUUAUUUCACUUAGGAUAGUGCAACUUGUCUACUCACUUCUUGGUCUAGGAACCUUUAGUAAUUGACAUUUAUUAUUGAAUCUUUACAUUCAUUUACAACUAUUUGUUUUCUAUAUAAUGUUGUGAAUAAAAUUCUGUACUCACAUCUGAGUUUGUAACUUUAGUGGCAUCAACAUUAAAAUUUUACAUCAAAACUUUAAUUGUGUUAAAAAAAAAAAUAAACAAAGCCUAUAGUUAGAGAUUAAUUUGUUUAUAUCAUAUGGAGCAAAACAAUCUUAAGACCAAGUACAAAAUAUAACAAAAUGUUCACAUCACACAAACAUUUACAAGGAUGUUAAAAUUAAGUUUGGAAAUCAUACAAUAUUAGGUUCAACUUAAUGUACAAAUCAUCUUUAAAAAAAAACAACACCUGCAGCUAUUGUAUUAAUAGAAAAACAACACUCUAAAAGCUUUAUAAAAUGCAGGCUGGAAUGUGAUCAUCUAAACUAAAGACAUUACAUGCCUGGAAAAAAAAAGCAGUAAGUUCUCCCAUCAAAAAAGACAACAUUAUCACACUACUACACUUACUGUUACAAUAAUUAACACUAGGGGAAGCAUGCAUUUGCUAAACAAAUGGUUCAUUUAGAAAUUGUAAUGGAAAUACAACGCUAAGAAACUUGAUGAGAACUGUUUCUUCUAUCCUUAUUUAUCACAGAUUUAAUAAAUCAUUCACUACACCAUCUCAUGCUGUGUAUUCACAUCCUGUAAGCACCAUUCAAACCAUGCAUACUGAGCAGUAUCAAUGAGAUGUUUCACACAAUGGAUCAAAGAAAAAUUCAAUGUCUUCCAUUCCAUCUUACAUUUCAAAGUCAUUACCACACAUAGAAACCACUUAAAAUAGUGUUAAGUUAAUAAUAAAAAGUAUUAGAAAAAAAAAAUUGAAUGAAGAGUUCUGAAUAUACACACACAAAUUUUAUGAACAGCUAUUGAAAAAAAAACAACUGAGUUCACUAGAUUCACUUUAAAUGUACAUGAUUUUAGAGUUUUAAACAAUAAUAUCAUACCUUAUGGUAUAAAAAAAAAAUACAACCAAUGUUUCUGUUGUAUUUUACAAUAUAGUGUUUAUAGCAGAAAGUUCUGAUUGGGCAGAAGGGUGUAUACAAGUUCUAAUUUCUAGACAAUAACAUUUAUUCUACAAAAAUUAUGACAUUAUUGUAUGGUCUAAACUACCUACCAUGUGAGUUUGAUUACCUAAGGGCAAGAAAAUGUUAAAUUAGGCCAAACACCUUUUGCAUAAUAAUAGGGACAAAAUGUACAAAACACUUAGUUUUAUUAUAUUCUAUUGUGAAAAUAAUACUUGAUUUCGGAUAAAAUUCUGUUUAAAGGCAGUACAAGAUUACAAUGUUUGAAAAUUAAAUUAAGAAAUAAAAAAAAAAAAAA